GCGUCCUCCCAGAUGCUCGCACUCAGUCCCGCGUCGCCGCCUGGGCCACUGCGCCGCCCGCAAACACGGCGAGGUAACUCGGACAGAAGGUGCAAUCUCCCAGCACCGACCGCAUCACCCCGCGGGCCCGACGCCCAGUCCCGCCACCCGCAAGGAAGAUGUGCCGGGCAUCCGGCCGCAGCGAACCCUGCACUCCAGCCCGGCGCCGCUCGAAACCUCGACCUUGAAGAUGGUGAGUAGCCAGCCAAAGUACGAUCUAAUACGGGAGGUAGGCCGAGGUAGUUACGGUGUUGUGUAUGAAGCAGUCAUCAGAAAGACCUCUGCAAGAGUAGCAGUGAAGAAAAUCCGAUGCCACGCACCUGAAAAUGUUGAACUAGCCCUUCGAGAGUUCUGGGCACUAAGCAGUAUCAAGAGCCAGCACCCAAAUGUGAUUCACUUGGAAGAGUGCAUUCUGCAAAAAGAUGGGAUGGUGCAAAAGAUGUCCCACGGCUCUAAUUCUUCCCUUUAUUUACAGCUUGUAGAGACUUCAUUAAAAGGAGAAAUUGCCUUUGAUCCCAGAAGCGCCUAUUAUUUGUGGUUUGUGAUGGAUUUUUGUGACGGAGGAGACAUGAAUGAGUAUCUGUUAUCCAGGAAGCCCAAUCGAAAGACUAACACCAGCUUUAUGCUUCAGCUCAGCAGUGCUCUGGCUUUCUUGCACAAAAACCAGAUCAUCCACCGAGACCUGAAGCCUGAUAACAUCCUGAUUUCUCAAAGCAGGUUGGAUACCAGUGACUUGGAACCUACACUGAAAGUGGCCGAUUUUGGUCUAAGUAAAGUGUGUUCAGCAUCUGGGCAGAACCCGGAAGAACCUGUCAGCGUAAACAAGUGUUUCCUUUCGACCGCAUGUGGAACAGAUUUCUACAUGGCUCCCGAAGUAUGGGAAGGACACUAUACAGCCAAGGCUGACAUUUUUGCUCUGGGAAUUAUCAUCUGGGCAAUGCUGGAGAGGAUCACCUUCAUAGACACAGAGACAAAGAAGGAGCUCCUAGGGAGCUAUGUAAAGCAGGGGACCGAAAUCGUGCCUGUUGGGGAGGCACUUCUGGAAAAUCCCAAGAUGGAACUUCUCAUCCCUGUGAAGAAAAAGUCUAUGAACGGGCGAAUGAAGCAACUGAUCAAGGAGAUGCUGGCUGCAAACCCUCAGGAUCGGCCAGAUGCGUUUGAACUAGAACUCAGAUUAGUCCAAAUUGCAUUUAAAGACAGCAGCUGGGAAACGUGACCUCCUGCUUGCAGGCAUCUUAGAUGACGUGCUGCUUCUGAUUCAACAGUGAUUCGACAUUAUGUGGCCGCAAAGAAGACGGAAGUUAGACUCCACUCUCAAGGGUUUAGGUUUUAUUGUGGGGUAAUUUUUUUUCUCUCGUUUUUUCUUACUCCGUGCAGGCCAUUUUAUUGUAUGUUUUGAAUGUGUAUUACCAAUGUGGGUGUAAAAAAAUUUUUUUUAUGAUCAUUGGUAAAAGUUUGGCAGAAAAAAUUCUCUUAAGAGCCAAGCAGAGAAGAAAGUCCAAUUUUCUGGAAAUAUGUCUUUGAGUAUUUUAGACAUUCCUUGUCAGUAUUAGGCAUUUCCAUGGAAGAAGAGGUUUGCAUGCUGGUAAUGCGACCUUUGAAGCUUUGUAAAGGAAACAUAUAUGUAUAUAUUUAUGUAUAUGUAAGUAUGUGAAUGUGUGCAUUUUGCAUUCCACAUGAAGAAAAUGCCACUUCUGUUUAAAUUAUUUGAUAGAGGUUUGGGUUUUUGAUGUUUGCUGGUGAAAUUGAUGAAAACUACACAAAACCACCUUCAUCUUCCCCUGCCCCUCCCGCUACUGGAAACAUGCUAAGGGUAUUUGUUCCUUGUUUUCCUUUCUUUUCCCAGUACACGUCUCUUUUUAAAGGCACCAUUUUGAAGGGUCUAAAAUGGCUGAUUAAACGUAAUUGAAGCUCAACUGUCCAAGGUGCUGGAGUACGUCUGAGCUCUCCAGGGCCCUGUAGCUCUUCGAGUUGAAUUAGUCAGUCAGUCACAUGGUAGAAGGUCGGCAAGGAUGCUGAUGCCUCAGUCAGACCUCUAGGUAACUGAGUGUUUGUUUAAUUAAACCACUGCAUUGGGACGUUGUGUGCGCUUAAGCAUCGGCCGUGACCUGAGGAUGGUAUUCUUCUGUUCUAAAAACAUUGCUUCACACGACUGUAAUACUUGGUGUAUUAAUUUUGAGUUUUAAGACUUGGUGGUGCACGCCUGUAAUCCCAGCACUUGGGAGGCAGAGCCAG